GAUUACAUCCACAUCCACAUCCACAGUACACAGUCAUCCCUCCACCUGUCUACUAACCAUCUCCACCACCCACCCACUCACCCCUCCCUCGCUCCUCAACCACCUACACCACUCCCACCACACAACCCAUACAAAGACAGCGAUGACCGACUCAAUACUCUCCUCCCCCAAUGGAGCCACCGUCGCCGCAACAAUCACGACAUCCCCCACCUCCAACCACCACCCCACCAUAACAUCGUCCGCAACCCCGAACUCGUCAGACCAAUUCCCCUCAUCCACCACAGCCUCCCUAUCCACAAUCAUCGCCGACUGCCACCACAAAGUCCACAAUUUCCUCGCGGAAUCUCACCCUCCUGACUCCCUCCUCUCUGCCGUGCAAGCCCAAACCCGCAUCUCCCUCGACGUCGUCUCCGCCGCCCUCCACCGCUACCCCCUCUCCGAACUCGCCCUCUCCUACAAUGGCGGAAAGGACUGUCUCGUCCUCCUCGUCCUCUUCCUCGCCGGUCUGCACCCCCACCCGGCCCCCGAACACGGCGACCUGACCUCCAUCCCGGCCAUCUACGCCCUGCCCCCAGACCCCUUCCUCGACGUCGAGGAAUUCGUCCAAUGGUCCUCUCGCGCAUACCAUCUCAACGUGCUGAAGUAUACGACGGACCCGCCCCGGACAACAAUCAAAUCCACCUUUGAAGACUAUCUGUUUGUCAAUCCAGGGGUGAAGGCCAUCUUUGUCGGGACGCGCCGCACCGAUCCCCACGGUACCAAGUUGACGCACUUCGAUCGCACCGAUAGUGGCUGGCCGGAUUUCGUGCGCGUGCAUCCCGUCAUUGAUUGGCAUUAUGCUGAGAUUUGGGCUUUCAUCCGUCAUCUGGGUCUGAGGUAUUGCUCCCUCUAUGAUCGGGGAUAUACCAGCCUGGGCGGGACCGCCGAUACGCACCCCAACCCUAAGCUGCGGGUGGAAAGCACUGGCCAGGAGGCGCCCGUGCAGCAGUAUAAGCCCGCUUACGAACUGACCGAGGAUCUGGAGGAGCGACUGGGCCGCAAUUGAUCCUCGCUACACAUAC